CUCUCUCUCUCCCUCUCUCCCUCUCCCUCUCUCUCUCCAGUGAGCAGCAUUCAUUCUCAAUGUCUCGGAAAAGAAAACUACAAAGCCCACAACACUCGGAGCACAAGCCAGAUUAUUGCACAGCCUGGGGCAAAGCCUCGUGGAACCCUGGGAGUUUGAGUCCAGGCUAAAUGGCCGGAGGAGGAGGCAGAGAGAGAAGGAAACGAGGGGGAGACGUGUCAUGACAACCGUCAGGGAGAGAGAAAGUUUCAUCUGAGACAUGUCUGAAGACCUGGAGGACACAGGCAGUGUGUUUGACCUGAACGAGGUCCCAGAGACGGAGCUGCUGGACAACAGCAUCCAGAAGGGCCGCGCCCAGCUGUCCAUCAAAGCCCGGAGGCCCCGGCCCUCCAUGUCCCGUUACCGUGACAGCGUGAGCUCCACGGAGGGCGACGACAGCAUGGAGACAAAGGUGGGUCUUAUGGUGCGUCACUCUCCAGUGGACAAAGGUGCUUCAUUGGCUGCCCUCCCCAGGGGGCGCUACCAUCAGCUGACCAACGCCACCUCUCAGGAGCCCCUGGUGACUCCCAGCAGUUCGCCCUCACGGUACCGCCCCUCCUCCGACUGCUCACGGGUCUACAUGAGGAGGAGCAGGAGGCCCGACAGCGAAGUGUUGGUUUCUGACUCGAGUCGGGACACCAGUCCAGCUGAUCCCGACAGUCCGACCGUUGUCUUCGACAAGAAAACCAAGAGAUGUUUCCUGGACAUUGGGGUGACUCUCAGACGUUCAUACAUCAGAGUGAGGAAGGAUAAAUCCAACAGGCUCUCUGUGGGCAGCCGAGAGACGUCUGAGAGUCCGCCUCGCUCCUCCGGAUCGUUCGUCCCCUUUUCCUGGUUCACUGAGGGACGAGGAUCCGCCUCCUCCUUCAGGACUCCCCCCCCUUCUCCUAAGGUCUCCACGACGACCAGAGGCCUGACCCCUCCCAGGUCCCACUCCCAGGAGUCGGCUCUCAGUGAAGAGUUCUCUCCUCCUCCUGACUCCUCCUCUUCCUGUCCUCCUGUUGACUCCUCCUCCUCCUCCAGAUCAUACCACGCGUACCACACACUGUCUCAGUCCUCUGACGAGGCCUUUGAGGACUCAUCCUGUCCUGUGUCGUCAUGGACAACCCAGCAGGUCUGUCAUUGGCUUCGAGGACUCAACAUGGAGCGAUAUGUCCAAGAAUUCAGUGCAAGAGACAUUGACGGAAAAGAGCUGCUACAGAUGGACGGCAACAAGCUAAAGGCUGUGGGCGUGGUCAGCUCGUCCGAUCGAAGCACUUUGAAACGUUGCAUCAAAGAUUUUCAAUCUGUUGUGGAGAAAGAAAGAAAAGUUCUGAGACAGAAAGAAAAACAAAGAAGAGACAACGAACAUCGUAGGAACUGACCUCCACAACUUGACUGUGUCUCCGUCCUUCUGGAUUCUGUACAAAGGAGGGGACAUUGUUCAACCUCGAACCUCUAAAG